AUCGAACGGUGUUUGUCUUUGCCGUGGCGAAACAGAAGGAAGAAAUCCAGGAGAUGCUCUGAAUCCCCUUCCUCGGCCACGUUCAACGCUUGGGAGUCCGCCGGAUCUGGAGAUGGCCGACGAAGAGGUCGGCACUGCGCUCGAGCUCGGUGAUCAAGGAGCGCAUCCCCCUGAUUCAUCACCGCUGGCGCUCGAGCACUACCUCCCCUUCGCCAUCCUCGCUUCGAUCCUCUCCCGCCUCGACCCUCGUUCCCUCUGUUCGGCUGCUGCCACCUGCCGCUCCCUUCGCGGUGCCGCGUGCCACGCAUUGUCCUUCGUCCCUUCUUUUAACCUCCUUGAAAUCGCGCCGACUGCGGAUCUUCUGGAGCCGCUACUACCUCCAAAUCCGUACCUGAAGAGCUUGAAGCUGGACUGCAGUCGCCUUGAUGAUUCGUCGAUCAGGUUCUUGAUCAGGCCUUCUCUUCAAGACUUGUGUCUCCAUAAUUGCGAAAAUUUGAGUGGAAGGCUUCUCGCUGAAAUUGGUGGCAAGUGCCGAGAUCUGAGGUCCCUCUCUUUAAGCUCCCUAGCUGAACGUAGAGGACUCUCAUUUGUAUUUGCUGAUCUAGAGGAAUUGCUUACUGGUUGUUCUCAGUUAGAGACACUCACUUUGGCACUUGAUUUUUCCUCAUUCGACCAUCCCAAUUUUGGCCAAGUAUGGGCAAAUGCUUCUGUAGUUCUUUCUUGCCUGGAGAUCGGAUAUAUACCCAUGACAAUGUUGAUGGAACUACUCAGUGCAACAGUGAAAUCACUUCACCCCUCAAGUCCUGUUAAAAAACCAUCAAUGUUUCCUAGCCUUCAGAUGCUAUGCCUUUCAGUGGACUAUAUCACAGAUCACUUAGUUGGUUUUAUUUCAAAGGGCUUCCCGUUACUGUCAUCGUUGGAUCUUCAAGAUGCCCCUAUCAUGGAACCUAUAUUGACUUCUGAUCUCACUAAUGCUGGGCUUCAACAGAUAAACUCACAUGGUAAAUUGAAGCACAUUUCUCUUUUACGCAGCCAGGAGUUCAUGUUCACCUAUUUCCGCCGAGUUAAUGAUGUCGGCUUUCUUUUAAUGUCUGAUGGUUGUUCCACAUUGGAAAGUAUCUGUCUUGGAGGCUUUUGCCGUGUUACAGAUACUGGUUUCAGAGCCAUAAUACACUCUUGCGCUAACCUACGGAAAUUCAGGGUGUCUCAUGGGAGUCAACUCACAGAUCUUGUUUUCCAUGACAUUUCUGCCACUUCCCUUUUGCUAACGCAUGUUAGCUUGAGGUGGUGUAAUUUGUUAAGCAAUCUUGGUGUUGUGGGUUUGUCUGAUAACAAGCAGCUGACGGUUCUUGAUCUGCGAGAUUGUCGGAAUCUGGGUGAUGAGGCUGUAAAGGCUUUAAGUUAUCUACCCAAGUUACAAGUGUUGUUGUUGGAUGGCAGUGAUACUACCGAUAAAGGAUUGUCAUACCUGGGCAAUGGCAGUUGUCCAUUGUUUUCAUUGUCUCUUAGAGGCUGUCGAAGAAUCACAUCGAAUGGCAUUUCAUCUCUUUUUGGUGGUGGCUCAGUGAAUCAGAGCUUGCAAGUGUUGGACCUCUCUAGGCUUCCCAAUCUCACAGACGAGGCCAUUUUGGCACUUGCUAAAAGUAGGAUACAGAUCGUUGAACUUCGUAUCAGAGGUUGUCCAAAUAUCGGAGAUGUAUCUGUCAUGGCUUUAGCAUCCAUGCAAAUCGAAGGCAGCUCACCUGGGAGCAGCUUGUGCGUGCUGGACGUUUAUGAAUGUGGUUUAAUCACACCACUCGCAUUUCGGUGGUUCAAGAGACCUUACUUCCCAAGUUUGAGAUGGCUGGGAAUGAGCGGAAGCCUGAAUAGAGAUAUGGUAGAUGCUUUACUGAGAACCCGCCCUUUCUUGCGCUUAGCAUGUCGCGGCGAGGAGCUAGGGAUGACUUUCCUCGACAAUGCAAGUAGAUGGUACAGCAACGAGGAGGAAGAAAUGGAUGAACUUGAAAAGUGGCUUUUGGAAGGUGAGGACGAAAUGGAAGAUGACUCAAACUAGUGAUCACUCUCCUAACAUUUGGAUGUUUUUCUCUUGGUUGUCGAUGUUGCUGCUGUAUUUAUACUCAUGGAACCUUGUCAGUUCUUUAUCUUGUAUAUUAUCGUCAAAAUGCUAAUUGUCGACUCUACUAUGAUAUAUCUCUGCCUCAAGUAUUGAGAUUUGGAUUCUUUUCAGUUCUUCAA